AUGGUUCGGGACAAAAGCUGCUACCACCCUACUGCCAACCUCCUACCAACCUCCUACCACCCUACUGCCAACCUGUUGCCAACCUCCUACUGCCAACCUACUGCCAACCUCCUACCACCCCACUACCAACCUACUGCCAACCUCCUACCACCCUACUGCCAACCUGCUGCCAACCUCCUACCACCCUACUGCCAACCUGCUGCCAACCUCCUACCACCCUACUGCCAACCUGCUGCCAACCUCCUACUACCAACCUACUGCCAACCUCCUACCACCCCACUACCAACCUACUGCCAACCUCCUACCAACCUCCUACCAACCUGCUGCCAACCUACUGCCAACCUCCUACCAACCUACUACCAACCUGCUGCCAACCUCCUACCACCCUACUGCCAACCUGCUGCCACCCUACUGCCAACUGCUGCCAACCUCCUACCAACCUCCUACCACCCUACUGCCAACCUGCUGCCAACCUCCUACUACCAACCUACUGCCAACCUCCUACCACCCCACUACCAACCUACUGCCAACCUCCUACCACCCUACUGCCACCCUACUGCCAACCUCCUACCAACCUCCUACCACCCUCCUACCAACCUGCUGCCAACCUACUGCCAACCUCCUACCAACCUACUGCCAACCUGCUGCCAACCUCCUACCACCCUACUGCCAACCUGCUGCCAACCUACUGCCAAACUCCUACCAACCUACUACCACCCUACUGCCAACCUGCUGCCAACCUCCUACCACCCUACUGCCAACCUCCUACCAACCUCCUACCACCCUCCUACCAACCUGCUGCCAACCUCCUACCACCCUACUGCCAACCUGCUGCCAACCUCCUACCACCCUACUGCCAACCUCCUACCACCCUACUGCCAACCUGCUGCCAACCUCCUACCACCCUACUGCCACCCUACUGCCAACCUACUGCCAACCUCCUACCAACCUCCUACCAACCUGCUGCCAACCUACUGCCAACCUCCUACCAACCUACUCUACUGCCAAACUCCUACCAACCUACUACCACCCUACUGCCAACCUGCUGCCAACCUCCUACCACCCUACUGCCAACCUGCUGCCAACCUCCUACCACCCUACUGCCAACCUCCUACCAACCUCCUACCACCCUCCUACCAACCUGCUGCCAACCUCCUACCACCCUACUGCCAACCUGCUGCCAACCUCCUACCACCCUACUGCCAACCUCCUACCACCCUACUGCCAACCUCCUACCACCCUCUGCCACCCUACUGCCAACCUGCUGCCAACCUCCUACCACCCUACUGCCAACCUGCUGCCAACCUCCUACCAACCUACUGCCAACCUGCUGCCAACCUACUGCCAAACUCCUACCAACCUACUACCACCCUACUGCCAACCUCCUACCACCCUACUGCCAACCUGCUGCCAACCUCCUACCACCCUACUGCCAACCUCCUACCAACCUCCUACCACCCUCCUACCAACCUGCUGCCAACCUCCUACCACCCUACUGCCAACCUGCUGCCAACCUCCUACCACCCUACUGCCAACCUCCUACCACCCUACUGCCAACCUCCUACCACCCUACUGCCACCCUACUGCCAACCUGCUGCCAACCUCCUGCCAACCUGCUGCUUUCCAGAGUUAACAUUCAAAUAA